AUGGGCAUUAAAGUCGGCCGCAUCUCCUACUCCGGCCUCGGGAGGCAUUGCGAGGGAAAAGAUUUCAUCAUCAAGAACGCCAUCGUCAGCUACGAAGGCGAUUUUGAGUACCCGCAGAAGCUGCAGGCCAGUCUGGCAGGAUGCUCAAACCUGCGGACCAUGGUCGAUACGGUCCCAAGUCUCAAAUUAUACGUCUACCCUUUCAUGACUGGUGACCUUCUUCAAGUCAGCCAGAAACCACUUUUGGAGGAGCAGAGAAAGCGUAUCCUCAAGAGUGCACUCACUGGCCUUGCUGCACUCCAUGACCGCAGAAUCUUCCACACAGAUAUCAAGCCAAACAAUAUCCUUAUCGACUACGAGGAGCAACCUGAUGGGAAAGCUGUGGUGAUCAAGGACGUCAAGCUUUCAGAUCUAGAAGACGCGGUGCAGUUAGAACCUGACACGGCGAUCGAAGGUGCCGUACUGGGCAACAAGCUAUGGCGAAGCCCUGAGUCCUGGACGGGUGCCAUACAGGAACCGCCGUCCGACAUAUUCUCCUUCGGCGUAGUCGCCAUCUAUGUGAUGGUCAACAGGAUGGUGUUCUACAAUGGGCUCACCGACGAGCAAGUGAACGGGGAAGACGCGUGGUGGCACAUCCUCCGCAGACACAUCUCCAUCUUUGGCACGGAUACCGAGAGCUUGCAGGGCCUAGUACGGCACAUCGGGGAGGACAGCCGGUGGUUCGGUCGCUUCGCCGAACUGGCGGAGAGCUUCGGCGAGCAGGAGCCUCGGAGGCCCUUCGCGGGGUGGAUGCAUGUGGACGAGUCGUUCAGGGACCUGGUUGGUAAGAUGACGAAUCUGGACCCGGCGAGGAGGAUCACCGCACGAGAGGCUCUGGCUCACCGCUGGUUCAACCAGACGAGCCCAGGGCAAUACGACCCAGAUAGAGAGUAG